GAUGUCUAUAGUGACUAGAUUUUCUUCUUAUUUCAUUAAGAGUAGAGUGAUUAAUUAUUCAUGUAUGUAUUAAUUGAUAUCUACUCAUUAAUAGUAUAGGUAGACAGAAUUAUGACAGAAAUGUGUAAAGCUGGAUUUUAAGACCCUGAAGAAGGAUUCUUAGAAAGAGAUCCUAUGACAUACUACGAAUGUAGAUUUUAUUCUCAUAUUGCCAGAAAUUGGACUCCAAGAUUGGAAUCUUUGUAAUUUUUUUUAUAUUUAUACUUUAGUGAAGUGAGUUAAUAUGAAUUAGCAAAACAGAAAUUUAUUCAAUUUGAGAAUCUAUACUAAUUUAUUUUGAAUUUACACAGAUUGACUUGGGAGUAUAGAUCUAUCUACUUAGAAUUAACAAAAGAAAUUGCAACUCAUAAUACUUGGUUUAGAAGUGAGUACACAACUUUGACUUAUGAAUAUCAUUUGGAAGAGGCUAUCAAUAAAUAUAUUAAUCUUUUAGAUCAAUUAAAGGAGUAUCCUUUAUGGUAAGAAAGAGUUAAGGAAGAAAUUGGAUAUUAUUUACAUCUUAUUUACAAUUCUACAACACAUUCAAGUUAAAGCAAAGAAUUGUUUGCUAAAUUUGUAAUCUUUCAUUUCUAUAUUUAGGAUAAAUUAUAUUUCUUCAAAUGACA